CAUUUUCUCCUCAUUUCCUGUCCUUUUAUAUAUCCAAUAUCAUGGGCCACACCAAUGGCAUAAAUGGCGCGAAUGGCGUUCAAGAAAUAGCGCAAAGAGCCCGUCAGGGUAGUAGAAGUCUCCCAUUCUUGACUGACCUGUUGGGUAAUAGUCUGAACGACCGCCUCCUUUUCGCGGUGCCCAAGAAGGGCCGCCUGCACCAAGCUUGUCUUGAUCUUCUCCAUGGCUCAGAUAUCCAGUUUCACCGCCACUCACGCCUUGAUAUUGCGCUCGUAAAGAACCUGCCACUCGCGCUUGUAUUCCUCCCGGCGGCCGAUAUCCCCACAUUCGUAGGAGAGGGCCGCGUAGACUUGGGGAUUACUGGACGCGACCAGGUAGCAGAGCACGAGUGCGUCACACCACCUACUGCCACGACCGGUGUAGACGAGGUCCUCGAUCUCGGUUUUGGGAAAUGCAGCUUGCAAGUGCAAGUUCCAGCAAAAGGCGAUUUGACAAAACCAGAAGACUUGAUCGGCAAGAAUGUUGUUACUAGCUUUACCAACCUCACAGAGCAAUACUACAGGAGGUUAGAAGCAGAACAAGCCGGGAACACAGACGGGAAAACCAAUGGCGAUGCGAAACUGAAGACGGUCAUCAAGUACGUUGGCGGCAGUGUCGAAGCGGCGUGCGCACUGGGCGUUGCAGAUGGCAUCGUUGAUCUGGUUGAAUCUGGAGAGACGAUGCGCGCUGCAGGACUAAAGGCCAUCUCUACAGUCAUCUCAUCGAGUGCGAUCCUUAUCAAGUCAAAGCACCCAUCAGAUCCUAAGCUGGUAGAGCUCAUCACAGCUAGGAUCAAGGGUGUCAUAACUGCUCAAAAGUAUGUAUUGUGCACAUACAAUAUUGAGCGUUCAAAACUCGAUACGGCGCGUAAGAUUACUCCUGGGCGUCGCGCUCCCACAGUCAACGCUUUGGAAGAAGACGGUUGGGUGGCCGUCCAGGCCAUGGUGCUACGGAAAGACAUUGCUAUUGCCAUGGACAAGUUGACGGAAAUUGGUGCCAGCGACUUGAUUGUGACAAAAAUCGAAAACUCGAGAACAGGGGAUUAGAAUAUGGGCUACGGAGAAGAAUUCGCCCCGGGGGUUGUGUAGUGGCAUGUGACAAGAAUUUAAGUUGAUGAAAAGUUGAAAUUACUUGGAACGGGUUUGAAGGUACAGAUGACUAGGCAGCACAUGGUACAUGCAGAAUCCAUUAAUGGAUACUCACUGCAAUGUCG